CUCAUAUCUCUCUCUCAAACUCAAGCAACGAAGAAAGAAUCCAUUGAUUAUAUCCUUCCGACGAAAUCUUCACUACCCAUCGAAGAAAAAUGAGUGUUUUGCAGCACCCACAAGGGUUAAACCCCUCAGAUCUUCAGGUGUGGAACAAUGCAGCGUUCGAUCAUGGAGAUUCCGAGGAUCUGGAGCGUUCUUGGCCUCCUCUGAAUCCCCUUUUGCUAAAGAACUCAGAAUCGUUUGAAUCUGUGUCUGGUAAGGAGAAUCAGAUCCCUCUUCUUGAAAAUCCGACUGUUUGUGCCGACUCUCCGAGACCCGUCUUCAAGCCAAUUCACCCAAAUGGAGCGCCGGAAAAUUUGUCCGGCGUUGUAAAUCUGAAACCGGGUUUGGCUUCCAAGAAUGACACUGAAGGAGAGGAGAUUCGGGAUGAGAAGAAGAUCGAAAAGGAGAUUGAGGAAGUUGAGAUGGAGAUCAGCCGGUUAUCUUCAAAAUUGAAGGCCCUGAGAAUGGAGAAGGCUGAGAAGUGCGUGAAGAAUGUCGAAAAGCGAGGAAGGGUGGUGACGGCGAAGUUUAUGGAGCCCAAACAGAGUUUAUCAGUGAGCGCGAAAUCCAAACCUCAGAGAAGAGGGCUUAGUUUGGGGCCGUCGGAGAUUGCCGCCGGAAUAAGGAGAGGGCUGAGCAUGGGGCCGUCGGAGAUCUUUUCUGCAUCCAAGUCGCCGCAAUUGUGCAAGCAAGGGAUGAUUACUCCGAUUCAAUCCAUACAGAACCGGCGAAAAUCGUGUUUUUGGAAGCUCCAAGAAAUCGAUGAGGAGAAUCAUCAGAGUAAGGAGAGGAGAAGUCUCAGUCCCAAAUCAAGAAAACCCAUGGCGAAAACUCUUCCUCCUAGGCAGGCAAUUACCACAAUUCAAUCCAAGAAAACUGUGAAGAAAGAUGAAGUGGUUCGGAGUUCAGUCCAGCCCAAGAAAUUAUUCAGAGAUGGUGAAAAGUCUGUUCUUGCUUCCACCAAGAAGCCACUAAAGCAAGGGAGGAUCGUGGCGAGCCGCUAUAAUCAGAACACAGCUGUGUCCUCAUCAAUGAGAAAGAGGUCUUUCCCAGAAAACGAAAAGGAUGAUGGUAAGAGAUGUGACAAGAAACGAUCACUAUCGAUUGGCAAAUCGGGUGCAGCUCAAGCAGAGAUCAAGAAUCUGGGGACUGAAACCCGGGCGAAAAAGAAAUGGGAAAUACCAGAUGAGAUUGUGUUGCACAGAGAGGAGACAGAGUCUGAGAAAUCCCCAGGAAGCAACACUUCUGUGGUGCCUGAUAUGCUUCCAAGAAUCAGGAUCGCUCGAUGCCUGAAAGAGAGUCCCAGGGACUCUGGACCUGCAAAAAGGGUGGCUGAAUUGGUAGGAAAGAAAUCAUUUUUCAGCAAGGAUGAAGAAGAUGAUGUUGUGGAGCCUGCAGUAGUGUGUCAAGCUUUGAGUUUUGCAGAUGAAGAGGAAGAAGAAGAAGCUUUGAGUUCUGCAAAUGAAGAUCCUUAAGUGUUAAACUGUCAAGCUUUGAGUUUUGCAGAUGAAGGAUGAAGCUUUGAGUUUCUGCAAAUCAGAACAUGGAAAAGGCACCCAAACUGCCAUCUCUCAAAUAUCAACUCUGCUUUUCAAAUUUUUUCUUAUGUGUUUAGCAAGCAUUCUUGUGCUUUUCCCAGUCAUUUUUGAGCUUCUGGCUCUAUAGUUGUAUGGUGAGUGAGUUUGAAUAAGUGUAACUCCCUGCACACAAUGCAUAUUCUAUUUCCAGUUUUUCUGCUUCAAGUU